AUCAGAAUCAAUGCCACUAGAAAAAGUGACAACACCAGAAAAAGUGAUGAUACCAGGAAAAAUGAUGGCACUAGGAAAAACGAUGAUACCAGGAAAAGUGAUGAAACAGGAAAAGCGACAAUACCAGAAAAGUGA